UCAUUCAUUGAUUCCCCUGUUCCCCAUGCUACAGGUCUCACCUCACCUCGACUUGGAGAUCCACCGGGCGCUGGGUCGGGUCCAUCCAUCGAUCGUUGUGCAGGUCCCCUGUUGCUUUAAGCAGUGUGUUUUUUCGACCAACAGGAGGCGUGUCUUCCCCACGGCCGGAGCGGAGCGCAGCAAGACGCGAGUCUGAAGGAACCGAUCUGGCUCGUCUCUCUAUCGGAACAAAUCAACUACUUUCUCAGCUCAUUCUAAUCGAAGACCGCCCGUGAAUGGAUUUCUCCCGGAUUUGCCCAGACUAACAUGGAUGCCCCAGCGUUAGCUGAGUGGGAAGGUUGUUUCUUGGCGCAGUGAGCUGGACACGCAGCGCUUGCUAAUGGAUCUGGGGAAACGAAUGAUACCUUCUCCCUGACUGACCAUGCCGUGAUCUUGCGCGUGGGCCGUCACCCUGCUUAACGUCAAAAGAAACAUUUCGGGGGAAUCUACCGAUCCAGGGAAUAAAUAGUGUGGCAUCACACAGACAUCAUGAAGAUUACCUCCCCGCUCAUAAGUAAAGCGAGAUUCAGGUGCACCGUCAGGCUUCUACUGCUGCUAUUACUAUGUGUGGGAUAUUCUCGCGGGAUGCCACACGUUUUAAGAUUUGGAGGAAUAUUCGAGUCCAUUGAGUCGGGGCCGUCAGGUGCUGAGGAACUAGCCUUUAAAUUUGCUUUAAAUACAAUCAACAGGAACAGAACCCUACUGCCAAACACAACGCUAACAUACGACAUCCAACGGAUAAACAUCUACGACAGCUUCGAAGCCUCCAGAAAAGCCUGCGACCAACUAUCUCUGGGGGUGGCGGCCAUCUUCGGCCCCUCCCACAGCUCGUCGGCCAAUGCGGUCCAGUCCAUCUGUAACGCACUUGGCGUGCCCCACAUCCAGACCAAAUGGAAGCACCAGGUGUCUGACAACAGGGACUCCUUCUACGUCAGCCUCUACCCAGACUUCUCCUCUCUCAGCCGUGCCAUUCUGGACCUCGUUCACUUCUUCAAGUGGAAGACGGUCACCGUUGUCUAUGAUGACAGCACAGGUCUUAUUCGGUUACAGGAGCUCAUAAAGGCUCCAUCUCGCUACAACAUCCGCUUGAAGAUCCGCCAGUUGCCAGCGGACACCAAGGACUCCAAGCCUCUCCUCAAGGAGAUGAAGAGAGGGAAGGAGUUCCACGUCAUCUUCGACUGUGGACACGAAAUGGCUGCCGGCAUCCUAAAACAGGCUCUUGCUAUGGGGAUGAUGACAGAGUACUAUCACUACAUCUUCACCACACUGGACCUGUUUGCGCUGGACGUGGAGGCCUACCGUUACAGUGGGGUGAACAUGACUGGCUUUAGGAUCCUGAAUACGGAGAACAGCCAAGUGGCCUCCAUCAUAGAGAAGUGGUCCAUGGAACGCCUGCAGGCCCCGCCCAAACCUGACUCUGGCCUACUGGACGGCUUCAUGACGACGGACGCUGCGCUCAUGUACGAUGCCGUGCACGUGGUGGCCGUGGCCGUGCAGCAGUCUCAGCAGAUCACUGUCAGCUCCCUACAGUGCAACAGACACAAACCCUGGCGCUUUGGGAACAGAUUCAUGGCCCUCAUCAAAGAUGCCCACUGGGAUGGCUUGACUGGGCGGAUCACUUUCAACAGAACCAACGGCUUGAGGACAGACUUUGACCUGGAUGUGAUUAGUCUGAAGGAGGACGGACUGGAGAAGAUUGGAACAUGGGACCCUCCUAGUGGCUUGAACAUGACAGACCACCAGAAGGGGAAGACAUCCAAUGUCACAGAUUCCUUAGCCAACAGAUCUCUAGUUGUCUCCACUAUACUGGUGGAGCCCUAUGUGAUGUUCAAGAAGUCAGACAAGCCCCUUUACGGUAACGACCGCUUUGAGGGUUACUGUAUCGACCUGCUGAGGGAGCUGGCUAGCAUCCUGGGGUUCACCUACGAGUUGCGUCUGGUGGAGGACGGCCGCUACGGGGCCCAGGACGAGACCACGGGACAGUGGAAUGGCAUGGUCAAGGAGCUGAUCGACCACAAAGCUGAUCUGGCAGUGGCUCCCCUGGCCAUCACCUACGUGAGGGAGAAGGUCAUCGACUUCUCCAAGCCCUUCAUGACACUGGGGAUAAGUAUCCUCUACCGCAAGCCCAACGGAACCAACCCUGGGGUCUUCUCCUUUCUCAACCCCCUCUCACCCGAUAUCUGGAUGUAUAUUCUGCUGGCUUACUUGGGUGUCAGUUGUGUGCUGUUUGUCAUAGCCAGUCUGCUCCUCUCCUCUCGCCCCCGACCAGGCUCUGAGUUAAUGCCCAAAGCCCUGUCCACCAGGAUCGUAGGAGGCAUCUGGUGGUUCUUCACCCUGAUAAUCAUCUCCUCCUACACGGCCAACCUGGCUGCCUUCCUCACUGUAGAGAGGAUGGAGUCGCCCAUCGACUCAGCUGACGACCUGGCCAAGCAGACCAGGAUAGAGUAUGGAGUGGUGGAGGAAGGAUCCACCAUGACCUUCUUCAAGAAAACCAAGAUCUCCACAUACGACAAGAUGUGGGAGUUUAUGAGCAGUCGGAGGCACUCUGUGAUGGUGAAAGAUAUUGAUGAAGGGAUCCAUCGAGUUCUCACCUCGGACUACGCCUUCCUCAUGGAGUCCACCACCAUCGAGUUUGUCACCCAGCGCAACUGCAACCUUACGCAGAUAGGGGGUCUCAUCGACUCCAAAGCCUACGGUGUGGGAACCCCCAUGGGCUCUCCGUACAGAGACAAGAUCACCAUAGCGAUCCUGCAGCUGCAGGAAGAAGGAAAGAUGCACAUGAUGAAGGAGAAGUGGUGGAGGGGGAACGGUUGUCCGGAGGAUGAGAAGAAUAAGGAGGCCAGCGCUCUGGGGGUCCAGAACAUCGGGGGCAUCUUUAUCGUCCUGGCGGCUGGACUCGUCCUGUCGGUGUUCGUGGCAGUCGGAGAGUUCAUCUAUAAGUCCAAACAAAACGCACAGCUGGAAAAGAGGUCCUUCUGCAGUGCCAUAGUGGACGAAUUGCGGGUGUCCCUCAAGUGCCAGCGGCGCCUCAAACACAAGCCUCAGCCGCCCGUCAUGGUCAAGACAGAGGACGUCAUCAACAUGCACACAUUCAACGACCGCAGACUGCCAGGCAAAGAGACCAUGGCCUAGAACAGGACU